GGGCGAGUCAAAAGGCAGUGGUUGAAAUCUGAGUCUUUGGUGCGUAUAUUAGUACAUGCCAGGAAAGCAGCCAUCUCUGUGACAGCGAGCAGAACUAUCGACUCCGCGAAUGUGUUGGGCUUUCUGAUUGCAUUCUCAAGUCCAUAAAAACAUCACAGACACCAGCCAUGAAGCUGGUAUCCAUCUUUCUGCUGGUGACCAUCGGUAUUUAUGGUUAUUCUGCCACUGCCUUUCUCAUCAACAGUCUCCCUGUUGACAAAGUGUUGCCUGUGGACAACCUUCUUCCCUUGUUUGAUCCUUUGAAGAUGCUCCUGAAAACCCUGGGCAUUUCUGUAGAACAUCUGGUGGAAGGGCUGAAGAAGUGUGUGGAUGAGCUGGGGCCAGAGGCUUCAGAGGCUGUGAAGAAGCUUCUGGAGGCCCUAUCACACCUGGUAUAAAAUCUGCAUAAGCAGUUAAGGUGGGAGUGCAAAAGAUGAUAUGCCCACCCUGGCUGGCAGAAUCUCAUUCUACCAUUUGAAGACUGAAUGUUCCUAAAGUCUAGUGAGUCUAGGAAGAAUGAAUAA